GUGAAACCGCUAAACUACAACGCAAUUGCUUGGAUCGUUGUUAAAGCUACUGGCAACCGCAAACUAUUGUUGACAAAGUUUCAAAUGGCCUCAGGUUAACCAGGACGUAGUUAAGGUUUUUAAUUAUCCAAAUGUUAACUAAAAGUAAUUGACAAAUAUGGUCCACGACGAUUUACGAGUGGAGUGGAUCCGACAGCGCGUAUCUGCCGGUUUCAAUUUACCGGACUGUCCUAACUGUUUCGACGAACUUCUCAGUCGGAGAGAUGGAGAAGAAGAAGAGAAAAUUAUCCGUUAUUUGAACAUUGUCUCUGAGGAAGACUCGCCAUCAUGUCUUGUGUUUUUCAAAACUAUCAGAGAGGAAGAAAUUGAAGUUGAAAUUCCAGUCGACAGUAGGAAAGAUGGAGACUCUUCGGAUCCUGACAAGAAUUCCUGGACCCAAAGUGGAGCAGAGAUAGCCUCAGACUCUGAGGAGACAAAUGAACAAAGUCCCAGCCAUAGGAUUGAGAUUCAAGUGGUCUAUCACAUUGAGCUUCAUGUUGCAGUAAACGAAUACCCAGAGAGAUUUUUGAAAUCCCCUGUCUUCUACUUUCUCAGGAACACAAAGGAGACCAUUGUUGAACCACUGGACAUGAAUGAGGCCAGUGUCCUGAUGCCCAGGCUAUUUGACACUGGCCUGCAUAAUGGACACCCCCUUCUUGUGCUGCGGAACAAACUUGCCCAAGUGUAUAUACCCUUGCUCACUGCCCACCAGAUGAAGAUAACUGGUGCAGGUUAUCAAAGCGGGAGAGUUUCUCCUCAGGAGGAGACCAGAGAGGGUGAAGCGGAGAGUCCAGUGAAGUCAAGUGGACAAUUCCCAAUUCGUGAUGAGUUGCUCAACAGGACGCACAAGUUUUUGGGAUUGAUCAACACAACUCUCCAACACCUUCAGAUUCAAGAUGAGAUUACGCUGCACAUCCCUGAGCUUGACCUGGAGCCUGAGGUGGAUGUACUGCUCUCUAAUCCAGAGAUGCUAGAGAAGUUGGAGCAGUGUGUGAUGAACUGGCAGACUCAGAUUACCAUUGUUAUUGAGGAGCAGAAAAACAAAAAGCCACAGGCACCUGGCCCUUUGGCUGAGAUAGUUUUUUGGCAGGAGCGUACAUCCAUCCUGAGUGCCCUGAGUGAGCAACUUAAACAGCCUGUGGUAAAGAAGAUCUUGGAGGUGAUGACCAAAGCAGAUGCAGGCAUUAUUCAGACCCUGGAAGGAACGGUUGCUGAACUUACUAAAUACCGUGUGGAGUCAGAUGAUAAUUUACGCUUCCUCAGCACACUGGAAAGACACUUUAUGAAUCUGGCUACUGGAGCAGAUUUUGGUGUGAUCCUGGAGACCAUCCCUCCUCUGAUGAACAGCCUUCAAAUUGUGUGGAUAAUCUCUUGCCACUAUAACACAAAUGAGCGCAUGGUCCCUCUAAUGGAGCGUAUUGCCUGGCAGCUGUGUGAACGUGUGGAUCAAGUAAUUGAUGUCCACACGCUAUUCAAAGAUAAGAGGGAAGUGGCCAAAUCCAAGGUGCAUGACGCUAAGCAGGUUCUGGACCAGUGGAAGUCCUCCUACUUUGAGGUGCGUGCUGAAAUUGAAGAAUCAGACAGGGAUCCACGCUGGGAAUUUGACCGUAAGAGACUGUUUGAGAGGACUGAUUACAUGGCUUCCGUCUGCCAGGACUUGUACAAUGUUUUGCAGAUUUUGGAGGAGUUCUAUAACAUCUUUGGUCCAGAGCUAAAAGGUGUGACUGGUGACCCAAAACACAUUGAUGAAGUGCUGUGCAGAGUGGAUAAUCUGGUUUUGCCUAUUGAGGAUGUCAGUUUUAAUCCUUUCAACAUCUGUAAAAUGAGCAGCUGGAAAAUGAUCAUGCAAGACUUCGACACUACAGUUCAGGCUGUUGAGGGAGAGGCCAUCAACUUCAUUGAUCAGUCUUUUAAGACACUGCGCUCUUCAGCUGCUGCCUUUGACAUGCUCCUGAAAUUCAAACACAUCCGCUCCAGAGAGGCUGUUAACAACCAUUUGAUGAGAAAGUUUAAUGACAUCCUGACUCAGUAUUGUAAAGAGGUGGACAGCAUAAAUGAAAUCUUUGAAGCAAACAAGGAAAAACCGCCGCUAAAUAAGUAUGAGCCUCCUGUAGCAGGAUCCAUCGGAUGGGUCCGAUCCCUUUUCCACCGCAUCAAACACACCAUCCUUCCUUUCCUGAAAGAGCCGGAGAUGCUGGAGAGUGAACAGAGCAAAGCUGCCAAGGACAAGUAUGUUGAAAUGGCAGUGCAGAUCAGAGACUAUGAGGUGAAGAAGUAUAUGUACUGGAUGGCUGAGACAGAACGCAAAUUGCCAUUGCUAAUGAAAAAACCCCUGUUGGCCUCGAUUACCAGUGAAAACCUAAUCCAAACAGAACUGGAUGUCCCACCAACUGAAAGCAGCCUACAGAGGGGUGUGCGAUACAUUGUGAAUUUUGCUCCAGAGAUCAAGGAAAUAAUUUCUGAGACAAACCACCUUGUGUCACUGGGCUACGCUGUGCCGUAUCUGGCUCAAAAUAUAGCUCUACAGGAGCACAAAUUCAUCAGGUAUGUUGAUGAUCUGCACAAACUUGUCAAGUGCUACCACUCUGUAAUGGACAGCCUGAGUGAGGCAAAGUUCAUUAUGCUGGCUCAACAGAUCAAAGCGGUCAAUAAAGAGAUGCAUUUUGGAUGCACAAGACUCAACUGGAAUUCCUUGGGUAUUGCCGAGUUCAUCAACCGAGGCAUUCAGGCUGUCUCUAAGUUUGAGUCAGUUGUUAAUCAGAUUCAGAAGAAUGAGAGAGAUAUUGAUUCCAAGUUGCAAUCCAUGGUGAUGGCCAACUUACUGAAGUUUCCAGUCCCAGAUAAAUCAAACGACUUACCAGGUGUCAAGGAGUUUUGUGAACGUAUUGAGCGAGAGCGCGCCAAGACUGUGAAUUUGCUAAGCAGGAAGUAUGCCGACAUUGGACCCCUCAUCACUAAGACAGAACAUUUAGUCAUGAAAACCAGCAGUGGCAAAGCCAAAUGUAUGGCAGAUUAUUACAUAUACUGGGAGCGCAAGGUGCUGGACUCACUUAUAAAGAUGGUGCUGAGGAACAUUCAGGCCUUCAACAUGGCGUUGAUGGGACGUAACGCUCUUUUCCAAAUUCAUGCCAUCCUUUCUGCCCCUAAGAUUGUGUUGCAGCCCCAAAGCAAUGAGAUCUACUGGCUGAUCAUGCAGUGUAUCAGAGACUGUGUAGAGAGCACCAAGCAAUUUGUGCGUUGGAUGCAUGGGACCUGCAUUGAGUGCCCUCCACAACGUGUGGGUGGUGAAGAGAAGUUGGUGACAUUUAGCUUCUACAGUGAUGUGUGGCAGCAUCCUCAGAUAAACGAGAGUGCCAUGACAGUGUCCCAGAACAUCCAGCUGCUGCUCCUCUCUGUGGAUCGGUACCUUAACCACUGGAAACGCUAUCGGCCCCUUUGGGAAAGGAACAAAACCAUUGUCAAUGAAAAGUUUGCUGCAAGAAAACCAUCCUGUGUCAUGUAUGAUGAUAAGCUGCAGUUCCUUUCUCGUAUCAAUCAAGAGGUGAUGCUGGAGUCUCUGUUUAAGAAUGAGCGCAUCAUCCAUCUAAACCUGGAGCCUCUGGCUCACACAGUGCGGGAGACCGCUGAGUCCUGGAUCAGUUCACUAGGCAGCCUGCUCAACCAGCCUACCAAAGAGGAUCUCUUCAACUUGAGAGAUGAACUCAUGCAACUCUCUACAAAGCUGAAACAGAGCCCUGACACUUUUGAAGAGCUAAAGUCUAUCCUUAGCACUAUCUCAGACAUCAGGGAUAUGUCUCUAGAUGUGGAGAUGAGAUUCAUUGAUAUCCAGGAAAGAUACAGAACACUGGCCAUGUACAAAAUUGAGGUUGGAGAGGAUGAACUGGAGCUGGUGUCCAAUAUUGGCCAGAUGUGGAGUGACCUGUUUACAGAAUCCAGACAAGUGGAUCGAAGUCUGACAGAUGUCAAGAAAUCAUUUACUGAGAUUACAAAAGAGAAAACCAAAGAGUUUAAGCAGGAGUUGUCUAUCUUUGCUGAAAGCUUCAACAUGCAUGGUCCUGGAGCUGUGGGAGAUGAUUUAGAGAAAGGAAUGACCAUUAUCGGAACAUAUGAGGCAGACCUUGCCAAGGUACUGGCAAGACGGCAGGAGCUAGCUAAUGCUGAGAAGCUGUUGGACCUACCAGUCACCGUGUACCCAGAUGUUAUCAGCAUACAGAAGGACAUGAAGGGCUUGAGACAGAUAUAUGAUGUCUAUAAAGCUCAGAAGGAUGCAAAGACAGAGUGGUCUCAGACCUUGUGGGUGGAUUUAGACAUCCAGCUGCUACAGGAGGGUAUUGAGGGUUUCAUCAAAAGCUUGAGGCAGCUGCCCAAAGAUGUGCGGGCGUUACCUGUGGCCUUCUUCCUAGAAGGACGCAUGAAGGAGUUCAAAGAGUCUCUGCCUCUUCUGCUGGACCUGAAGAAUGAAGCCCUCCGAGACAGACACUGGAAGGAACUGAUGGAAAGGACCGGCACUAGCUUUGAGAUGAACCCUGACAGCUUCACUCUGGAGAACAUGUUUGCUAUGGAGUUGCACAAAUAUGCAAAUGUCAUAGGUGACACUGUCACCUCUGCUGUAAAAGAGCUCAGUAUUGAGAAGGGAGUGAAGGAGGUGGUGGAGACCUGGGAAAACAUGAAAUUCAGUGUGUUGCCCUAUUUUAAAGGCACCCAGGAACGUGGUUUUAUUCUGGGUGCAGUGGAUGAGAUCCUGCUGAAUGUGGACAACGAUGCCAUGAACUUACAGAGCAUGGCGGGCAGCCGUUUUGUUGGACCAUUCCUUGGCACCAUACAGCAAUGGGAAAAAGACCUGUCCCUUAUCAGUGAGACCAUAGAGGUAUGGUUGCUGGUACAACGAAAAUGGAUGUACCUGGAGAGCAUAUUCAUUGGUGGAGACAUCAGCUCGCAGUUACCUGAGGAAGCCAAGAAAUUUGAUAACAUUGACAAAAAGUUUAAAGAAAUAAUGAGUGACACAGUGAAGGGUCCUAACAUUAAGAGGUGCUGUCUGGUUCCCAACCGGCUAACAGACCUGCAGGCCCUGAGUGAUGGUCUAGAGAGGUGCCAGAAGAGUCUUAAUGACUACCUGGACUCCAAGCGGAACGUGUUUCCUCGCUUCUUCUUCAUCUCUGAUGAUGAACUGCUCAGCAUUCUGGGUAGUAGUGACCCUGUCUGUGUCCAGGAGCACAUGAUCAAGAUGUAUGACAACAUAGCAUCUCUGAGGUUUGAUGUGGAAACCAAUGGGGAGACAGUAGCUGCAGCCAUGGUGUCUGCUGAGGGUGAGGUGAUGGAGCUAAAGAAGCCCAUCCCAGUGGAGGGCAGGGUGGAGGAGUGGAUGAUGGGAGUACUACUGGAGAUGAGGAGGACUAAUAGACUCAUCACCAAGGAAGCAGUCUUCCGCUACUGUGAAGACAGGAGCAGGGUGGAUUGGAUGCUGCUGUACCAGGGCAUGGUGGUGCUUGCUGCAAAUCAGGUGUGGUGGACCUGGGAGGUAGAGGAUGUCUUCAAAAAUGUGGAGAAGGGAGAGAAGUACGCAUUGAAGAACUAUGCUAAGAAAAUGCACCAGCAGAUUGAUGAGCUGGUAACACGCAUUACACAACCUAUGAAGACAAAUGACAGGCGAAAGAUAAACACUGUGCUUAUCAUCGAUGUCCAUGCAAGAGAUAUUGUAGACAACUUUGUACUAAACAGUAUAAUGGACGCACGAGAGUUUGAGUGGGAAAGCCAACUAAGAUUCUACUGGAUCCGGGAACAUGACAACCUAUUUGUGCAUCAGUGCAGUGCUUCAUUCUCUUACGGCUAUGAAUACAUGGGGUUGAACGGUCGAUUGGUUAUAACCCCACUGACAGACCGGAUCUACCUCACCCUCACUCAGGCCCUCUCCAUGUACCUGGGUGGAGCUCCUGCUGGACCGGCUGGUACAGGAAAGACAGAGUCAACUAAAGAUCUGGCCAAGGCUUUAGGCCUGCUCUGUGUGGUUACAAACUGCGGUGAGGGCAUGGACUACAUGGCUGUUGGCAAGAUCUUCUCUGGCCUUGCCCAGUGUGGAGCUUGGGGCUGCUUUGAUGAGUUCAAUCGUAUCGAGGCCUCAGUAUUGUCAGUUAUCUCCUCCCAAAUCCAGACUAUCCGCAAUGCUCUCAUUCUGCACCUGAAAAGGUUUCAUUUUGAAGGGCAAGAGAUCAGCCUGGACGACCGCAUGGGGAUUUUCAUCACCAUGAACCCAGGUUAUGCAGGACGCACAGAGCUGCCAGAAUCAGUCAAAGCCCUCUUCAGGCCUGUUGUGGUCAUUGUGCCUGACCUGCAGCAGAUUUGUGAGAUCAUGCUCUUCUCUGAGGGCUUCCUAAUGGCCAAGGUCCUGGCAAAGAAGAUGACAGUACUGUAUAAGCUGGCUCGUGAGCAGCUGUCCAAGCAGUCUCAUUAUGACUUUGGGCUGAGAGCUCUGAAGUCUGUCCUAGUAAUGGCAGGAGAGCUGAAGAGAGGCUCACCACACCUCAGUGAGGAUGUGGUGUUGAUGCGUGCUCUCAGGGACAUGAACCUGCCAAAGUUUGUGUUUGAGGACGUGCCUCUGUUCCUCGGGCUGAUCUCAGACCUGUUUCCUGGGCUGGACUGCCCUCGUGUUCGCUAUCCCAACUUCAAUGAUGCUGUGGAACAGAUUCUGCAAGAGAACAAUUAUGUCAUACUGUCUAACCAGGUGGACAAAGUAGUGCAAAUGUAUGAGACAAUGAUGACCAGACACACUACUAUGGUUGUGGGCCCAACAGGUGGAGGGAAAUCGGUUGUGAUCAGCACAUUAUGUCAAGCUCAGACCAAAUUGGGAUUGCAAACCAAGAUGUAUCCUCUGAACCCUAAAGCCAUGAGUGUCAUUGAACUUUACGGUGUUCUGGACCCUGACACUCGAGACUGGACUGAUGGGAUCUUAUCCAAUAUCUUCCGUGACAUCAACAAGCCUACUGAUAAAAAAGAGCGGAGGUACAUCCUGUUUGAUGGGGAUGUGGAUGCUCUGUGGGUCGAGAAUAUGAACUCAGUGAUGGAUGACAACAAGCUCCUCACUCUAGCUAAUGGGGAACGGAUUCGUUUACAGAAUCACUGUGCCCUGCUGUUCGAGGUUGGAGAUCUGCAGUAUGCUUCCCCCGCUACUGUUUCCCGCUGUGGGAUGGUUUUUGUUGAUCCCAAAAACCUGCGAUACACCCCAUACUGGCAGAGAUGGCUGAACAACAGACCUGACAGGGAACACGAAGUUCUCAACAAACUGUUUGAGAAAUACGUGCACAGCUCUAUUGACAUGAUUGUGGAUGGUAUUGUUGAUGGCAAACAGGGCCAGAAACUUAAGACUGUUGUCCCUCAGACAGAUCUGAACAUGGUGACUCAGCUGUGCUUGACACUGGAUGCGCUGCUUGAGAGUGAGAGCAGCAGUGCUGAAGUCCUGGAGUGUUACUUCCUGGAAGCUCUGUACUGCUCACUAGGGGCCACAUUGCUGGAGAGUGGCAGGACCAAGUUUGAUGAGUUUAUCAAAAGGCUUUCCUGCUUAACCUCAGUGCACAAUGAAAAAGCCCUGGCUGGACCUGGUGAGAUCCCAGGAUACCUCUCGACUCUGUAUGAUUUCCAUUUUGAUGGAACACAGGAGAAGUGGGUUCCCUGGAGUUCCCUGGUCACUAAAUACAUCCACAACCCUGAAUUGAAGUUUGCUGACAUUCUAGUGCCAACUAUCGACACCACAAGAGCCAGCUGGAUCCUGGAACAGAUGGUGAAGAUAAAGAGGCCAGUGCUUCUGGUUGGAGAGUCUGGCACCUCCAAGACUGCCACCAUUCAUAACUUCCUGAAGAACCUCAAUGCAGAUACAACGAUUACACUGAUCAUCAACUUCUCAUCCAGAACGACUUCAAUGGACUUGCAGAGGAACCUGGAGGCCAAUGUGGAGAAAAGAACCAAAGAGACCUACGGGCCUCCUAUGGGGAAAAGACUGCUGGUCUUUAUGGAUGACAUGAAUAUGCCUAAGGUGGAUAAUUACGGCACACAACAGCCUAUUGCUCUUCUGAAGCUGUUGUUGGACCGAGGAGGCAUAUAUGACAGAGGGAAGGAGCUUAAUUGCAAAAUCCUCAAAGACCUUGGCUUUAUUGCUGCAAUGGGAAAGGCAGGAGGUGGGAGGAACGAGGUGGAUCCCCGCUUUGUCUCUCUCUUCAGUGUCUUCAGCAUCCCCUUCCCUGCAGUGGAGUCUCUCCACCUUAUCUAUGCUUCCAUUAUCAAAGGCCACACCAGACCAUUUGAGGACAUCAUACAGAAGGUUUGUGAUAAAGUCACCUUCUGCACUUUGGAACUGUACAACAACAUCAUCAAAGAUCUGCCACCCACUCCCUCCAAGUUCCACUACAUCUUUAACCUGAGGGACCUGUCAAGAGUCUACAAUGGACUGACCCUCACUAAACCUGACAGGUUUUUGACUGUCACCCAAUUUGUGCGUGUCUGGAGAAAUGAGUGCCUGAGAAUCUUCCAUGACAGACUCAUUGAUGAAACUGACAAAGCCUUGGUCCAAGGCCACAUAAAGAACCUGACUGAGGAGCAUUUCAAGUCAGACAUGGAGGCAGUCAUGAGGGAUCCAAUUCUUUUUGGAGACUACAGGACAGCCCUCAGUGAGACUGAACCGAGGGUCUACGAGGACAUACAGGACUAUGAUGCUUCAAAAGCCCUGUUUCAGGAAAUUCUAGAGGAAUACAAUGAGAUCAAGUCGAGGAUGAACCUAGUACUGUUUGAUGAUGCUCUGGAACAUUUGACCCGGGUGCACCGCAUCAUCCGCAUUGAUCGUGGCCAUGCACUGCUCGUCGGUGUGGGGGGCUCUGGCAAGCAGUCGCUCACCAAGCUCGCUGCCUUCACUGCUAACUGUGAGGUGUUUGAGAUAACACUAAGCAGAGGAUACAGUGAGUCAAACCUCCGUGAAGACCUGAAAACACUGUACUUGAAGCUUGGCAUUGAAAAUAAGAAGACAGUGUUCCUCUUUACUGAUGCCCAUGUUGCUGAGGAAGGCUUCUUGGAACUCAUUAACAACAUGCUCACCUCAGGCAUUGUUCCUGCAUUGUUCCCUGAUGAUGAGAGGGAGUCAGUUCUCAACCAGCUUCGCGAUGAGGCUCUUAAGAUGGGAGCAGGCCCUUCUAAAGAGAGUGUGUGGCAGUACUUUGUCAACAAGAGUGCCAACAAUCUACACAUUGUUUUAGGCAUGUCUCCAGUGGGAGAAACCCUGAGGACGCGUUGCAGGAACUUCCCAGGACUGAUGAACAACACUGUGAUAGACUGGUUCCUGCCGUGGCCUCCACAGGCAUUACUUGCAGUGGCUCAGUCUUUCCUCGGUGAAAGUCCAAUGAUUCCUGAGGCACACUCUACAGCAGUGAUAGCUCAUGUAUGUAUAGUCCAUCGCUCUGUGAGUGACUACAGCAAGCUGUUCCAGCAGAAACUCAGGCGUUGUAACUAUGUUACUCCAAAGAACUACUUGGACUUCAUUAGCACCUAUUCUAACCUCUUGGAGGAAAAAGACCAAUAUAUCCUGGCUCUGUGCAAGCGUCUAGAGGGAGGUUUAGAUAAACUGAAGGAGGCCAGUGAGCAGCUGGCUGAGCUGAAUGUCAAGCUAGCAGAGCAGAAGGUGGUCCUCGCUGAAAAGUCCACAGCUUGUGAGGCCCUGCUGGAUGAGAUUACCACAAACACGACUGUAGCUGAGGAGAAAAAGACUUUGGCAGAAGACAAAGCCAAAGAGAUUGAAGAGCAGAACAAAGUGAUAGCUGUUGAAAAGAAAGAAGCUGAAAGUUCUCUGGCUGAGGCUCUGCCGGCAUUAGAGGCAGCCCGUAAAGCCCUGCAAGACCUGGAAAAAUCUGAUGUCACGGAGAUCCGAUCCUUUGCCAAGCCACCCAAACAGGUGCAGGUGAUUUGUGAGUGCAUUCUGGUGAUGCGUGGAUACAGGGAGAUCAGUUGGCAGUCAGCCAAGGGGAUGAUGUCAGAGGCUAACUUCCUGCGCUCGCUGAUGGAGAUGGACUGUGAUUCCAUAAAUAACAACCAGGUCAGGACUGUCAAAGGCUUUCUAAAGAACCUCCAGACGACCUUUGAGGAGAUGCAAGCCAUCAGUAAGGCUGGCUCAGGAAUGCUCAAAUUUGUUGAGGCUAUCAUGGGUUACUGUGAUGUUGCCAGGGAGAUAAAACCCAAAAGAGAGAAGGUGGCACGCCUAGAGAAGAACUUCUUUCAGAGUAAGCGGGAGCUGGAACGCAUUCAGAGCGAGCUUAGCGAUAUCCAGAAAGAGUUGCACGCUCUUGGAGAGAAGUACCAAGCUGCCAUCGAAGAGAAACAGCUGCUACAAGAGGAGGCUGAGCUCAUGGAGAGGAGGCUGAUUGCUGCUGACAAACUCAUCUCUGGCCUGAGCUCUGAGAAUGAACGGUGGACACAAGAUUUAGAGGAGUUGAAGCAGCGGCGUGUGCGUCUCCUGGGUGACUGUCUGAUCUCUGCUGCUUUCCUGAGCUACGUAGGGGCCUUCAGCUGGGACUUCAGGAAUGAAAUGGUAUACCAAAUAUGGGUUAAGGAUGUGCAGGAGAGAGGCAUCCCCUUGAGCCAGCCUUACAAAAUGGAAAACCUUCUGACUGAUGAAGUAGAAAUCAGCAGAUGGGGCUCAGAAGGCUUGCCUCCGGAUGAGCUGUCAGUGCAGAAUGGAAUCCUCACAACCCGAGGGAGUCGAUUUCCCAUGUGUAUUGACCCUCAACAGCAAGCCCUCAACUGGAUUAAGAAGAAGGAAGAAAACAAUAACCUCAAGAUCUCAUCUUUCAAUGAUCCAGACUUCCUGAAGCAGCUAGAGAUGGCCAUCAAAUAUGGCUACCCAUUCCUUUUCCAAGAUGUGGAUGAGUACAUCGACCCUGUGAUUGAUAAUGUCCUGGAGAAGAAUGUAAAAGGAGCAGAAGGCAGACAGGUCAUCAUGCUGGGUGAUAAGGAGGUUGACUAUGAUCCCAACUUUAAACUGUACCUCAACACCAAACUGGCUAACCCCAAAUAUUCCCCUUCAGUGUUUGGAAAAGCCAUGGUCAUUAACUAUACUGUGACCCUUAAGGGUCUGGAGGACCAGCUGCUGAGUGUUAUCAUGGGCUUUGAGAAGAAGGAGCUGGAGGAGCAGCGUGAGCGUUUGAUCCAGGAGACAAGCAACAAUAAGAAGCUGCUGAAGAACCUCGGGGACUCCCUGCUCAGAGAGCUUGCUACAUCUUCAGGCAACAUGUUGGACAACACAGAGCUGGUUCACACAUUAGAGGAAACAAAGUCAAAAGCCAGUGAGGUAUUUGAGAAACUAAUGUUGGCUGAGAAGACAUCGGUGGACAUUGAUAAACUCAGAGAUGGCUACCGACCUGCUGCCAAGCGUGGUGCUAUCCUGUUCUUUGUACUGACAGAAAUGGCUCUGGUGAACAGCAUGUACCAGUACUCUCUAGCCUCCUACCUGGACGUGUUUGACUUUUCACUGCGCAAAUCUCUGCCUGACUCUGUUCUGCUCCAAAGACUGAAGAACAUCAUGAACACUCUGACAUACAGUGUUUAUAACUAUGGCUGCACAGGUCUGUUUGAGAGACACAAGCUGCUCUUUUCCUUUAACAUGACCAUCAAGAUUGAGCAGGCAGAAGGGAGGGCACCUCAAGAGGAGUUGGAGUUCUUUAUCAAGGGUAAUCUAUCCCUGGAAAAGAGCAAGCGCAAAAAGCCUUGUGACUGGCUUCCAGACCAAGGCUGGGAGGACAUAGUGAAACUCGCAGAGCUCUUUCCUGAGCAGUUUAGCUCUCUGCCUGAUGACGUGGAGAAAAAUUCCACUGACUGGAAGUCUUGGUAUGACUUAGAUGGACCAGAACAGGCUCCAUUCCCCAUGAAAUAUGAGGAGAACCUCUCAGCCUUUCAGAAGCUGCUGUUGCUGCGCUGCUUCCGUGUUGAUAGAGUCUACAGAGCUGUGACAGACUACGUCACUGUCACCAUGGGCGAGAAAUAUGUACAACCCCCUGUGAUCAGCUUUGAUGCAAUUUAUGAGCAGAGCACACCUUCCUCCCCCAUUGUCUUCAUCCUGAGCCCCGGCUCUGACCCAGGCAGUGACCUUAUGAAACUAGCAGAGAGGUCAGGCUUUGGAGGCAACAAGUUCAAGUUCCUCGCUAUGGGCCAAGGCCAAGAGAAGGUGGCACUGCAGUUGCUGGAGAGGGCGGUGUCCCGUGGUCAGUGGUUGAUGCUACAGAACUGCCACCUGCUGGUAAAGUGGCUAAAGGAACUGGAGAAGUCCUUAGAGAGGGUUACCAAGCCCAACCCCAACUUCCGCUUGUGGGUCACCACCAACCCCAUUACGGAUUUCCCCAUUGGCAUACUACAAAAGUCUUUAAAGGUAGUGACGGAGCCUCCAAAUGGUCUCAAGCUGAACAUGAGAGCCACGUACUCUAAAAUCUCCCAUGAGACCUUGACUGCAUGCCCACACCCUGCCUUCCGCAGCCUGGUGUAUGUGCUGGCCUUCUUCCAUGCUGUGGUGCAAGAGAGACGCAAGUACGGCAAGAUUGGCUGGAAUGUCCCCUAUGACUUCAACGAGUCUGACUUCUUUGUGUGCAUGGAGAUCCUGGACACGUACCUGACCAAAGCUCACAACCAAGGAGACAGCAAUCUUCCCUGGGGAAGUCUUAAAUACCUUAUUGGGGAGGUGAUGUAUGGUGGGCGAGCUAUAGAUAGCUUUGACCGCAGGAUCCUGACUGUCUACAUGGAUGAAUACCUUGGAGACUUCCUCUUCUACAACUUUCGGCGCUUCCACUUCUUCAGCAAUAAAGAUGUAGAUUACAAGGUCCCUCCAAAUGGCCCCAAGAAUAUAUAUGUUGAUGAGAUUGAGACCCUGCCACUGGCAAACACACCAGAGGUAAUGGGUCUUCAUUCCAACGCAGAGAUAGGAUACUACACACAGGCAGCUAAAGACAUGUGGACUCACCUAAUAGACCUGCAGCCUCAGACAGGUGAAUCUGGUGGAAGCAUCAGUAGGGAUGAGUACAUCAGCCAGGUGGCCCAGGACAUUCAGAACAAGCUGCCCAAGUUAUUCGACGUGGACAUGAUCCAUAAAAAGUUUGGCACGGACAUUUCCCCGACCUCAGUGGUGCUGCUUCAAGAACUGGAGCGUUUCAACAAACUUAUAGUCCGCAUGCAGCGCUCUCUGGCUGAGCUGCAGAGGGCUUUGGCUGGUGAGGUGGGUAUGAGCAGUGAGUUGGAUGAGGUCGCUCGGGCCCUUUUUAAUGGUCACAUCCCUGCCAUUUGGAAGAAGUUGGCACCUGACACUCUGAAAUCCCUCGGGAACUGGAUGAGCCACUUCAAGAGGCGUUAUGAUCAGUAUAAUUGCUGGGUGGAUGAAGGAGAGCCAAAGGUUAUGUGGCUAUCAGGACUCCAUAUUCCAGAGUCCUACCUGACUGCCCUGGUCCAAGCCGCAUGCAGGAGAAACGGUUGGCCUCUGGAUCUUUCCACACUGUACACACAGGUGACUCAGUACCGCAGUGAGGACGAAGUCAGUGACAGACCUGGACAGGGCUGCUUUGUGUCUGGCCUGUAUCUAGAGGGAGCAGACUGGGACAUGGAGAAGGGCUGCCUAGUGAGGAGUAAGCCAAAAGCUCUGGUUGUUGAACUGCCCAUUCUCAAAGUCAUCCCCAUAGAGGCACGCCAGCUCAGGUUACAGAAUACUCUGCGGACACCAGUGUACACCACGUCCUUGCGGAGGAAUGCAAUGGGUGUGGGAUUGGUGUUUGAGGCAGACUUGUUCACCACCAUGCACAUCUCCCACUGGGUGCUCCAGGGAGUCUGUUUAUGCCUCAACGCUGACUAAAGACAGCACUCACUGAGCUGGUUUGCUUUCACACAGUCUGUUCCGUCAUGUUAAUGAUGCCUGAUAUCUACUUUUUUUAGAGAAAAAACUUUUGAUACCUCUGAUUUAUGGGCAGAUUACAGAGAAACAAAUUAUGAUCAAAGAUUGUACAUGUUUUGAAAAAUUAAAUUGAUAGAGACACAUAAGAGAAGUAGAUGGGAUUUUUGAGUCAUUAUCUACUUCAUAGCUUUCAUUAUUUUCUCACUAGAUGGCAGCACACAACAGUACUGAGCUCUUCACCCUGGGCAGUAGCUCCAGGGGUUUCUCUUUAGUGUUACAAGUGCCAAUAGGCUACAGUGGGUCAGAAUCUUUCAGGCCUAAAAGUCUAUUACUGUUUAUUAAUGAAUAAAUGUUUGUAAUUGUU